AUGUCAGGCAUGAAGAUGUGGGCCAUUUACGACCUGGAGGAUGCUUCAGCAUCUCGUGAUGAGGCAGCAGACACAUUCUACAGCCUCUGCAACAUAGACAGCAACCUUUGCCAACUUCCGAAGGGCUUAGCGGUAGAGGUCGUGGUUCUCUAUGUGGGUGACAUGCUAUUCAUGCCACCUGGGAAAUUUCACAAGGUCUAUAUGCUGCUGAUGACAUUUGCUGUGGGUGGGCACCUCCUUUCUUACCUCACCAUGCACCUCUCUGAGUGGUCGUGCUUUCUGGAUCAACUGCAUGGGUCUCUAUUUACCAAUCAGGAGCAUCAGGACACCCUUUUAGUCCUCCAUCGCAUGGUGGUCGCCAUUCCACGGCUGUCCCAUUGUAAGCUCUACCAUCACACAAUGGUAGCACUCUGUACUAUGGUGCUCAACCCGGGUCAGUAUAUGCCACAAUGUACUAGUGAGGAUGACGACCUACCCCAUCGGCCUGGCAAGGGGGGGAAGAAGGCCAAGGGCCGGAAGGCGGUCAAAACUUCUAAAAAUAACUUGGAUUCAAAGUGCUGCAUUAACCAGGCCAAUGAAAUUGCGAACUGCGUGCUGCAGGUCCUUAAACUUGACAGUGCAGGUGCUGUGUCAGUCUUGGACGACCAACCAUACAAUGAGGUAGGAGAUGAGGUCGAGCUUGGAGGUGCACUCGCACAGUUCCAAGCAUACUGA